CUGCCUGCAGCUGGGCGCUUCUGCUCCAGCUCUGGGUGCUUCACAGUGAUGCUCUGUUGGUGAUAUUUACUCUGGAGAGUAAGAAAUCCCUAGGAAAUCUGAAAUUUGAGGCAGAAAAUAAUAUGAAAAGCAAGGACAUGAGCACUGGACCUGGUCACAGAGGUUUGGUGUCUUUGCCUCCUCCCUUGGAGGAGGUCAAGGAAAGAAGGCACAACUGAGAGAGAAGGUUGGAUGAAGUUCAUCACUGCUCUGCCAACACUCUAUGUCUGUGGUGCUUGGGAGACUGAUGGGAAAAUGAGGAAUUAGGAAAUGAGGACAUAGAAAAAAAAUCCUGCUACAAGCAAGCCUGAAAUUAAUGUGGUCAGAAAGAAGGAAUGGAAAUGAUUCCUGCAGUUUGCAAUGGGGAGAUGAUGGGCUCAGCAGAAAGGUAUCCACAGGCCAGAUGGAUCUAGUCUUGCCUACCACCCACUCCUGAGCUGUGCUGUUUAUUGACAUUUGUCACUCCCAAGGACUUGUGUUGGAGCAGAAGAGCCAAAGAACCUGGGUGUGACGUCGGCAUGAAUGAGAGAAGAAAGUAGUGCAGUGUUGGAGGUGCCUGUUUGCUGCCACUGUUUAGAGGGAAAAUGAUGCAUUAUGGGGACUCACUCGAAAGGAGUGAAUGAGAUGAACUGUUUGGGUUAUAGUAUCUGAAAGGCUAAAUUAUUCUCUUGGAGAGACGUUCUAAAUGAGCCUGACCGAGAUCCUGGAUCUGUGUGAAGAGGACUAAGGAUAUAGGAUGUCAACUGAGACAGAACUUCAAGUGGCUGUUAAAACCAGCACAAAGAAAGACUCCAAAAAGAAAGGUCAGGAUCGCAGCGAAGCCACUUUGAUAAAGAGGUUCAAGGGUGACGGUGUCCGCUACAAGGCCAAGCUGAUCGGGAUCGAUGAGGUUUCUGCUGCCCGAGGGGACAAGUUAUGCCAGGACUCCAUGAUGAAGCUCAAGGGAAUUGUUGCUGCGGCUCGAUCGAAAGGAGAGCAUAAACAAAAAGUCUUCUUAACAGUUUCCUUUGGGGGAAUCAAAAUCUUUGAUGAAAAGACAGGGCUACUCCAGCAUCACCACGCAGUUCAUGAAAUUUCCUACAUUGCAAAGGAUAUCACAGACCACCGAGCGUUUGGAUACGUGUGUGGAAAGGAGGGAAAUCAUAGAUUUGUGGCAAUAAAAACAGCCCAGGCAGCUGAACCUGUAAUCCUGGACUUACGGGACCUGUUUCAGCUCAUCUACGAACUGAAACAAAGGGAAGAAAUGGAAAAAAAGGCACAAAAGGACAAACAGUGUGAGCAGGCGGUAUACCAGACAAUUUUGGAAGAAGAUGUAGAAGAUCCUGUAUACCAGUACAUUGUGUUUGAGGCUGGACACGAGCCCAUCCGUGAGCCUGAAACGGAGGAAAACAUUUAUCAGGUUCCUACCAGCCAAAAGAAGGAAGGUGUUUAUGAUGUGCCAAAAAGUCAACCUGUAAGUCUGGAGAAUGGAAACUUAUUGCUGGACAUUGAUGAAAAUCUUGUUUCAGUCACUCAGGCUGUUACCCAACUAGAGCUUUUUGGGGACAUGUCCACUCCUCCUGAUGUAACCUCUCCCCCAACUCCUGCUACUCCAGGUGAUGCCUUUAUCCCAUCUUCAUCCCAGUCACUCCCUGCCAGUACAGACAUGUUUGGUUCUGUACCUUUCAGCACUGCUGCCGUACCCUCAGGUUAUGUUGCCAUGGGAGCUGUCCUGCCCUCCUUCUGGGGACAGCAACCCCUCGUUCAGCAGCAGCUGGCCAUGGGUGCCCAGCCUCCAGUCGCUCAGGUGAUGCAGGGAGGACAGCCCAUCGCGUGGGGCCAGCCCGGCAUCUUCCCUCCCGCCCAGCAGCCGUGGCCAUCCGUGGCUGGCCAGUUCCAGCCCACUGCCUUCAUGCCCACACAAACUGUUUUGCCUUUACAAGCAGCCAUGUUUCAAGGUACCAUUGCUCCCAUAGCCACCGUCCCGCCCACGAGCGAUUCCAACAGAUCGAGUCCGCAGACAGACAGGCCCAGGCAGAAAAUGGGAAAAGAAAUGUUUAAAGAUUUCCAGAUGGCUCAGCCUCCACCAGUGCCAUCAAGAAAACCGGAUCAGCCUUCCCUCAGUUGUACCUCAGAGGCCUUCUCAAGUUACUUUAACAAAGUUGGGAUGGCACAGGAAGCAGAUGAUUGUGAUGACUUUGACAUCUCUCAGUUAAAUUUGACUCCUGUGACUUCCACGACCCCAUCUACAAAUUCACCUCCCACCCCUGCACCCAGACAGAGCUCUCCAUCCAAAUCAUCAGCAUCUCAUACGAGUGACCCUGCUGCAGACGACCUCUUUGAAGAGGGGUUUGAAAGCCCAAGCAAAAGUGAGGAGCCAGAGGCUCCUGAUGGGUCUCAGGCCUCCUCCAACAGUGAUCCCUUUGGUGAGCCAGCUGGUGAUACUAUAAGUCCACAGGUCGGUAGCUAGAUAGCACAGGUUGGGGAAGCAGAACCUCUCUACGCGCAGAUUAACAGACCUAAGAAAUAGCAUUGUUACAGGCUUGUGGUGCUCCAAGACUCAAACGAAACCCAACAACCUGGCGGGCCUUUGGCUUUCAUGCUUUUUUCCGAUUGAUUUUGUCUGACAAAGGAGAGAGUUUGCCCUCCUGGACUGGCUCUACGAGUGUUCCUGAUGUGUGUUUUUGGCAACCUAUGGCAGCACAAAACAAAAACUCUCCCUGCUUCUCAUGCCACGAGUGCAGCCCCGUCCCCACAAGUGGUGGGUAUCCAGACUAGGAAAUCCUACUCCUCGGUCUUCUUUUAAACAUUUGUCACCUUCUGUCUGCCACCUAUAAAUAAUGAGCAUCUGAAAUUUAAUGGGUGUUAGACAUUCCUUUUCUUUUUCUUUCCAGCCAAAAGCAGAGUCUGUAUGUAGCAGUGGCAUUAUCAUUCAACAGCCUUUGUGGCACGAGUCGGCACUUUUUAUGUCACGGUGACAUGUUUUUCAUCUUCAUUUACAUCAGGCUGAUCCUGACCUUUUUUUUUUCCCUAUGUAGACAUAUUUAAACAACAACAACAAAAUACUGGUGGUGUCAUUUUUUUUCCUUUAUUUUUUCCUUUCUUUUUUUUUUUUUUUUAAUGUAUUUCUUACUCUGUAGUUUUGUAUGAGUGACAGAUCUAACAGUGAAACACCUCCUGCAGAAAUGGUUCCCAACUUGAAACCACAGGACAGAACUCGGUUGUUUAUCCAUCCUUGACUGAAAAUGUUGCCAAAUGGACCUUUAAGUUCUAGCACAUCAUGAGGAAGAAAUGCUGCUUUCUGUUGGAAUACUCAUGUUGUGGGUAGAGAAAGGACAUGGAGUCCCACUGAGGAGAGACAAAAGAGUCAGUAUUUCCUAGGAAACUCUAAACAAAGUGCAGAAAAGGAAUAUUUUUAUUUCUUCAAUAUCUUGCUGCUGUAAUGCUAUGCAGACAAGUGUUUUCUUCUCUGUGUGCCAUUUUUGAUGAAAAAAAAAAAUCAUUUGCCAAAUAAUACUGGUAUGCUUCUGGUUUAGGAGUUUGGAUGAAGCGGACUUGACAAAUGGGACAAGGACGGCAUGGAUUUUGGAAUAACAAACUGACUCUGUGAUCAAAAUUGUUCAUCUUUAUCACUUUUUGUACAUCAGAAAAAAAAUCAAAUGGGAUUUUUAUUUUAUAACUUGAAAAAAAAAUCUUACUGUUAAACUCUUUAAAUGUUUAAGGGGAAAUGGCUUUAAGGAGUUCGAAUGAAAAUUGCCAUUUUUUUUUGUAAAUAUAAAUGUUAUGAAAAUUCUUUUACUAAUGCCAUUACACAGUAGAGAAGGUAGCAAGUUGCAGUGCUUGGGAGGUGUGGUAAACCCAGUUUGUGGUUCUCACAUCACAUAUGUUUUUUCACAUGCUUAACAAUAAUGGGCUGAAGCUCAAGUGCAUUUGCCAAAAGCAGUCAGCUUGUCAGCAACUAGUGAAAUUAAUGGGAACACAUGAUUUUAUGGUCUAGCAUUAUCACAUGGACAUAAUUCCACUUACAAGAGAUCACUUUCCAUUGACAUUCCUUUGAGCCUCUGCAUAAAAGUCAUCCAAGUGUUUACACGCAGAACAAAAAGAAUUUAAAACUUCCUUUUUUUACAUUUAUGAAGCAAAAAGUGCAGUGUUUGGGUUCAUACGUUUAGCACAUGAUUUUCAUAAAGAAUCUAUAUAUUUUUGCCCUACAGAGAAUUGUUAUACAGGUCAAAUGUGUUUUCCUGAUGUUCCUAUGCAGUUACAGUAUAUUGAAUUUAGUGGUUUAACACUAAAAAGAAAAAUAAAAAGAAGAAAAAAAAAAGGAAAAAGGUUAAAGAAAUCAAAGGAUUAAUCAGUUUUUAGGGUUAUUGUGGAGAUUUUGUUUUUAAAUUGACACAUUAGGAUUUACAUUUUUGUCAUGAUUAAAAUAGGCCUGGAGUUAUCAAUGUUUUACUUUCUUUCAUCUCUAUUAUAAGCUAAAAAUGGUUUAGAAGGCAGAAUAACUGGGGUGAUGAUUGUUGGUGUGUGCAACCAAAUCUCACAACACAAUCCCAUUCUUUUAUUUUGAAUUAGAGAAAUUAGAGAAAUGUGCAUUGCAGAAUGUAUGUGAGUGAGAAAUUAGCUGUGAAUAGACCUAAUGAACCUGCAGAGAGGAGAAUUUUAUCUCCAUCCACGGUCAUUUGAUGCUUGUUCCUUAGUCAUGUGCAAACAGCUCCAUAGCAAAUCUUGUUUUCCCAUUGGAAGGUAAAGUUUUCUAACUGAAGGAGAUAAUUUAAAACUUGGUGGAUCGAGUGUUUCAGGAUUAAAAGCAGAGGUAAAAGCGUUUCUGGAGGACCCUUCUGUCAGAAUAUUUUCCUGAUUUGCACAGUGGUGCUACUUUCUUCCUCAGCAGCUUUUUUUUGGGGGGUUUUGUCCUGCGCAUGGAACCAGAAACCCAGUUUUGGUUCAUCACAGCCAUUGGAGGUUUAGUGUCAUCAGUGCAUUUCCAGUUGUGGGGUGAAACACAGAGGAAAGAAGAGCUUGCUGUCUCAGAGGAUCACAUUUUUGUAGGAAGCAGAUCCCUCAUGGAUAGGUGCCAAGGGAAUGAGGCUGGAAUUCUGGUGUCUCUGGGCCGUCACCACGGACCUUUGUCUUACUUUUGCUCAUGAAUAAAAACAGAUUCUGGA